AUGGACUCCUACCUGUACGACCAGCUGCUCGGGCUUCUGAUCUUCUUUAGUGUCCUCUGCACAAUCACCGUCGGACUCCGCGUGCUCGUACGGACUAAGCUUACAAAGGGAGCGUUCGGAUGGGAUGAUGUCGCCCUUGUCAUUUCAUACGCGGGCAUGAUGGUGUUUGUGGCUCUGUGCCUACUGGCUGUAAGGGCAGGCAGGGACUCGUCCGAAGACGAGCCAUGGUAUAAUGAUGCCACGGCCAGGAGGUACGACUUCGCAAAGUACGUUGUCUGCUUUGUGAUAUCCGGAGUCGUCAAGAUAAGCGUCGCACUGGUCCUCUAUCGCCUUGACAGCCGCCCAAAAGUCAGAACAAUCAUCAUCAUCGACAUUGUCACAUGUGUUAUUUGGAAUGUCAUCACCACUUUCGUUCUCUCGCUGGGCUGCAUGAGGCAGAGUCCGUAUGUUAUCAACAACAAGGUGUGCGAGAACACGUUCUACUCACAGGAGUCAUCCUAUGUUAUCUACGACAUCUUCCAUGUGCUCCUACCGAUUUACAUUCUUUGGAACGUCCAAAUAUCGAGGGCUCUUAAAGUGAGCGUGGUUUGUCUGUUCAGUGUUGGGCUUCUCGCCGCCAUCGCCGCCAUCAUGAAGCUUCAAGUUCACUACGAAACAUUCCACCCCCGGGACAACAAUUCAGUCUCCACGUGGUACCUGGCCAUGAUCUGGGCAAUCACGGAGCACGGGCUGUCAAUCUUCGCCAGCUCCGUGCUUGCCCUGCGCCCGCUGACGAGGUUCGUGUCGAAAUCAUGGGCAUCCCUCUCGAGCACCCUCUACGGUAGCGGCGGCAGCAGCAAGGACACCAAAAACUCUGGUCAGGGUACUUCGAGCCGUGUGUCCAAGAAGUCGAACUGGACGGAGCCGACAGAGUCGAACGAGCUGGGCAACAUUGGUGUCCGGAACGAGGUCGAGGUCCGCAGCGAAUACACUGCCGAGGGCCAAGCUCAACAGCCCUUGUACCUCGCGGAAGCAUACAAUGGCAGCUCCGAGAGCCACAAGAGGUUGGUUGAUGCGAAGACGCAUGAAGAUGUGGGUGCUUCCGCCUGA